CAGAGGGCUGCAGGUACAGCCUCUGGAGCAGGAUCCUGGGAGGAGAUGGAACUGCAUGCCCACAGGCCUGGUCCCAGGUCCCCUGGAGUCUGAGCACUCAAAUGGGCUGGGCCCCUCUGCCCUGUUCUCUCCCUGCCUCUAAGGCCUCCGCAGAAGCCUCGAAGGUUGCUCACAGGAGAUCUAGAAGAGGAGCAGGUCGGUCGGAUGCAGAAAGGGAGGCUCUGGCUGCAUACCACCCAGCUGACCCCCAUGGAGCCAGCAGCAGCCAUGGCCUGGAAGGCUGAGCAGACCACACGGAGGGCAAGGGAAUUCAAGGGCCCAGUAGCUACCCCUUCAGCACAGUCAGGCCCAGAUGCCAGGUCUCAGAGCUUGACAGAUGAGAACCUGAUGCCCCUGACAUCCCGGCAGCUGGCAGCCUUCCAGGAUAUCUUCAAACUGUUCGGCUCCAGCCCAACAGGUGCCGUGGACAUGCACAGCAUGAAAGUCGCCCUGCGCAGUGCGGGCAUCCAGCUGAGUCCACGGGAGAUGUGUGAGGCUCUGCAGCAGGCAGACCUGGACGGUGAUGGAAUUGUGAGUUUCAAAGACUUCCUGGGUGUGCUCACUGACAACCACCGCUUGGCUCAGUGCAUGGGCCAGGUGAGGAACAGCUGCAUCAGUGACCCCCAGGGCCUGCAGACCCUGUUCUUUGAGAUGCUGUUCAAGCUGCUGCGCCAGGGCUUUGUGCCCUCCAAGUCGGUGCAGGAGUUGAAGAGCUACUACUCCAAGAAGCAGCAGGCUCUGCGGCUGGACCCAGGCUGGAGGGGACGGUCCCGCGGCCAUGGCUGCCCUACGCACGCCCACGUGGGCCUCACCUUCUUCUGCCAGGCCGCGCGCGUCGGUGGGCUCUCCAGCUCCGAGCUGGCGCGCUCGCUGCACAGGCUGUACAAAGCGGGACCGGCUCUCAGGACCACCUGCUCCUCCGCCUCCUCCCGGGUGCCCGCCCCACUUGCGCGCAGCCCCUACGCUCAGAUACCGAACCUGGAGGCGCGGAGGCCGCCAGAACACAGGACGUGGAGCCGAGCUUCGGGCCCCAGCGUCCGACUCCCCAAGCCCUACCGGCCUGGCCGUCCCAAGCUGCCACCCAACUCGGGGCGGCUCAGCCAAGGGUCCGUGCGCCCCUGGAAGCUGGCUCCCUCCCCUGCCACUCUCGUGCAGAAGCAGCCCUUCUCGCCUUCGCCAACCUGUCUGCAGAGACCCGCUGUGAAGAGCGUGAACUAGUAAAGCGU